AUGGAUCGGCAGGUUGGUCAUUUGGACUUUUGGACCCAGACGGAUUCUGUUUUCCCGCGAGAGGCCACUUUCUUAAGUCCGGUUUGGGACUGGGCUAUACGAAUAUUAUACGACCCUAUCUACACUCUACGCGAUCUGUUGUCUCUCGGUCUCUUGAAAAUUGUCCAAGUUUUCAUGAAUACAUCCAUGGAUACAUACGGUCCCAAAUGUAAUCGCGGUGGGGCAGGAUACAGGAACUUCUAG